AUUUCAUUGUCAAACAUACCAAACUCUUUCAACACCUGUAAAAUCGGCUGGCAAGCUUCAUCAAAUCCUCCCAACUCAUCCAUGGCGAUUUCUUACGCCCAGCCUCUGCUUCUUCUCCUCUUCUCACUCUUCCUCUUACCUUCUUUGCGCGCCACUUCUUUCCACAACUGCGAUAAGAGGCUCGAUCCCGUUAAGGUCACAGGUGUGGAGAUCUCUCCUGACCCUGUUGUGAGUGGCAAAGCCGCAACAUUUAAGAUCACUGGUUCUACUGAUGUAGACAUCUCUGGAGGAGAAGUAGUGAUCAGUGUUUCACUCUAUGGAGUUCAUAUCCAUACCGAAACUCAUGAUCUCUGCGAUGAGUCUUCCUGCCCGAUCGCACCUGGCACCUUUGUGCUUUCUCAUUCCCAAACACUGCCUUCUAUUACACCACCCGGUACUUAUACGCUUAAGAUGACGAUAAAGGACAAGAAUGGCGGGCGACUGACCUGCAUCAGCUUCAAAUUCAAGAUCACAUUGUUUUCCACGGUUUAUGCUAGUUAAGUUUUUCGGUGAAAAUAUGUUGCCUCUUUUGUGAACCUCUCUCGUAGACUUGUGUGCUGUCCAAAUAAAAUGCCCCUUUGAGGCUUGUCAUUGAUCUACAUCAAUCUUUUGUUUCUAUAUUUAUGGUCAUUUGCGACGUUCUUUCA